AUGCCAAGAAAUUUAACAAAAUUCAAUACAGAUUGGCUUCAUCGAGUUGAUUCCAACAACGAUUCGGUAAACACAUGGUUGAAGAAGGGCUCCACAUCUACAGCUUUCAAGUGCAGCUUAUGUCAAACAGGUGAUCUAAGUUGUGGUAAUCAAGGUUGGAAAGCAAUAGAACAACAUAUGAAUAUUAAUAAACAUAAAGAAAUAUUACGUCAAUGGAAACAGAAUGCCAAAUUUCGUGUAACAAAUCAAACACGACCAGAUUCAGCUGAUUCAUCUACAUCGACCUCUAGUGGUAUUCCAGUAUUAGAUACAAAUACAAACAAAAAUAAACCUUUAACAUUAGAUGAUCAAGUAACAAAAGCUGAAAUUCUAUGGUCGUUAAAAGUUGCUCAUAAAGGUCUAAGUUAUAACUCAUGUAAUGAAUUAAAUGAAUUGUUUUCAUCAAUGUUUCCUGAUUCUGCAAUUGUUGGAAACUUUAGUAUUCAAGCUGAUAAAAUGUCUUAUGUUAUAUCACACGGGUUGGGUCCUUAUUUCAAGAAAAAAGUAAUCGAAGAUGUUAAAAAAGCCGAUAAAUUUGUCCUUAUAUUUGAUGAACAGACGAACAAUCAAAACAAAAGACAAUUGGAUAUGUUGUUAAGAUAUUGGUCUAAUAAAAAACAAUGUGUUGUUAAUCGAUUUUAUAAAUCAGUUAUAUUAGGCCAUGCUUAUGCAAAAACAAUUCGUGAUAUAAUUAUUGAAUCAUUUGCUACUGAUGGAUUGAAUCUAAAUAAACUUUUAAUGUUAGGAAGAGAUAAUCCCAACAUUAAUAUUUCACUUGAAAAUUUAAUGGAUGUGGAAAUAAAAAAACUAGGCGGUUGUUUAUUAACGAUUGGAAGCUGUAACAUCCAUGUCAUACACAAUGCUUUUAAAAAUGGUAUUCUGUCUUCUAAAUGGUAUGUGGACAGUUUCUGUUUGGAUCUUUAUUCUUGGUUUAAAUGUUCUCCAGCAAGACAAGAAGUUUAUAAAAAUGUUAGUGAUAGUAUUGACUCUGUUAUGGAAAAAACCAUUCUAUAUUUUUCAAUAACACGAUGGAUUUUAUUAGGCAAAGUUAUUGAUCGAAUUUUAAACCAAUGGAAUAUUUUAUGUGAUUAUUUUCUUUGUUUUUUGACUGAAAAACAACCUGUACAAAUUCGAGAAAACAAACGUUAUGAAAGCAUCAAAUUAGUCUUAUCAUCAAAUUUCUCAAAGGUCAAAUUCAAUUUUGUGUUACAUUUAUGUGAAAAUAUUUUUUAUCGUUUUUGA